CCAUUUUAGACUUGGAACCGAGUAGAAGAAGAAGAACAAAGCACCCAUGAAGUUUUCAAGUUUUCAACUUCUCGGUAAAGCCCAGAAACAGUAACAGACAAAAAGAGAAGCGUAGAAGUUCAGCACGGUCUCUCUCUCUCUCUCUCAAAGAAAAGGGUGGAUUAUGUUUGUCGAAAGUUGGCUAACAAUCACUAGAGUGGUUUCUCAAAAUGGGUCAGGAGCUUUUAUCUUUUUGUCCAACAGAAGUGAAGAGAUUGCUGUGGAUUGUGGGGAUGUUGUUUGCUUUGAUUUUGGUCCUCCAGCAUCUUGAACUUCCAUACGGUAGUAAUUUAUCAUCUGUACUUACGGCUGGACAGGUUCCAGUGGAGAAAAAUAGUAGCUUCCGAGCUAGAGACCCAUCAUCUACUGUUAAUAUGGUUGGCAAUGAGUCAGUUUCUAAUGGUUUGGACGAUACUGCUACACAUCCAUUUCAUGAGAUAGCUAACAAUAAUAUGACUUCUGAUUUGGUAUCAGACGGAAGUGGAGGCUCAGAAAGAACUUUAGAAAUAGACGAGGAUGAAGAUGAAUCUGGAAGUUUGGUAAAGGAAAAUACUACCGAUAUUACUCUUUCAGAAGGGAGGACUGAGAAGGGGAGUAAUACUACAGACCCAGGUGGAAAUGAAAAUACUGGUUUUCCAACCACUCCACCCGCAUACCCACGGGUGAAUCCAUCACUUAAUACAUCUCCUGUAGUUGUUGAAACAGAUGUUGGAGCUCCCAUUAUAUCUGUUGACUCAAAUGUGACUUUAGUAGAGAAAGAUCAAACGCCCUCUUCUGAGAAAACUGACAAAUCUGAGCAACUGCAUAGUGGCCUCAACGAAACAGGAAAGGAUUCUUCAGUGCCCAGAGUCCCUGUAGUGAACAAAGUGCCAGAGGUUCCGUCAUUGGAAGUAUAUACAAUAUCUGAUAUGAACAAGCUGUUACAUCAUAGUUGGACCUCGUACCAUUCAGUGAUACCACAAUGGUCUUCACCCGCUGACCAAGAGAUGCAAGAUGCAGCAUCACAGAUUGAAAAUGCACCCAUCAUAAAGAAUGAUCCAAAUCUUUAUGCUCCUCUUUAUCGGAAUCUUUCUAUGUUUAAAAGGAGCUAUGAAUUAAUGGAGAGCACUCUUAAAGUAUACGUUUACAGGGAAGGACAAAGACCUAUAAUGCAUACACCGGUACUCAAAGGGAUAUAUGCUUCUGAGGGAUGGUUCAUGAAGCAGCUCGAAGAUCACAAAAGAUUUGUUACUAAAGACCCUCAGAAAGCGCACCUGUAUUACUUACCUUUUAGCUCUCGAAUGUUAGAGGAAAGACUAUAUGUGCAAGGAUCACACAGUCAUAAGAAUCUAAUAGAGUAUUUGAAGAACUACUUGGACAUGAUUGCAGGGAAAUAUCCUUUCUGGAAUAGAACUGGUGGAGCAGAUCAUUUCCUUGUUGCUUGCCAUGACUGGGCCCCGUCAGAAACCAAGAAAUACAUGGCUAAGUGCAUUAGAGCCCUCUGCAAUGCUGAUAUGAAAGAAGGUUUUGUAUUUGGCAAGGACGCAUCUCUUCCAGAAACGUAUGUCCAGAAUUCCAAGAAUCCUCUCAGAGAUCUUGGAGGCAACCGUCCUUCCAAGAGGUCCAUACUUGCUUUUUUUGCUGGUAGCAUGCAUGGUUAUGUACGGCCGAUUCUGUUGCAGCAUUGGGAAAACAAAGAUCCCGACAUGAAAAUCUUUGGUCGGUUGCCGAAGAGCAAAGGCAACAAGAUCUACGUGCGUCAUAUGAAGAGCAGCAAGUACUGCAUUUGCGCAAAGGGUUACGAAGUGAACAGUCCUAGAGUGGUAGAGGCCAUUUUCUACGAGUGUGUUCCGGUGAUUAUAUCAGACAAUUUUGUGCCUCCAUUUUUCGAAGUUCUGAAAUGGGAGUCGUUUGCUGUUUUCGUGUUGGAGAAAGAUAUUCCAAAUUUGAAGGAUAUACUGCUUUCAAUCCCAAAGAAGAGAUAUCUGCAGAUGCAAAUGAGAGUAAAAAGGGUACAACAGCAUUUUCUGUGGCAUGCUAGGCCUGAGAAGUAUGACAUUUUUCAUAUGAUACUCCACUCUAUUUGGUACAAUAGACUCCAUCAGAUAAAACCCAGAUGACAUUGAAACAUUCUAGUCCUGUAAAAUUGUAAAUGCUGUAUUCCUUGUUCUUUUUUUUUUUUUGGUGUUGAAUUCUCAAGGAAAAUUUUGGUA